UCGUAAUACCCGUUUAUCGUUUGUGUUGUAGUGACGGACGAAUAGUCGAUUUGCGAUUGCCGCCAGUCUAUACGCGUAUGCCAUUUAAUCCACGAACCGAUAUUUGCGACGUACCGGAUGCAUGCGUAAAUAAAAUAAUAAUAAUAUUCGAAUAUUUUUAAUAAUAGUAGUGAUAAUAUUAUUUAUAUUUUGUUAAUAAUCAUGUCUCGCGCGUCAUUGUCGGUAUUUGCGGCCGUCGCUUUGUUCUUCGUCGUUGUCGAAGCCUUGCCCGGCGAUCUCGACCAUCCAGUGGACAAUGACAUUCCGAAAACUUGGAUCGCGAACAUAUUCUACGAAGCGCUGGUGAACUUUACCGGGCCCAUAAAUGUGGGUAGUACGGCAUGUCGCAAACAGACGGAGAUGUAUACUAGGCACUUGAAAAACGAUUCGCUGUGGGCCGUACAGAUGUCCGAUUCAUGGAGUCGGUAUCCUAACGGCCUUCUUGUCGGCGCCUCACAUCAGAUGGGCGUGUACGAAGAAUGUAUCAAAGUGCAACAGCCCAUUAAGGGUAAAUACUGUAUGCCAUCCGUCAAAAUUAGCUCGUCGACCGGCACCGAUUUCGCGGCGAAAAUAAAAAACCAACUACGUGAGAACGACCAUGCCUGGUACGAGAUACUCGGGUUUGUAGAUCGUGACAACAGAUUUCUCCGAAAUGUUAUAGAAUUUGGUAUUUGCAUACCGGAUUCAUGCAAUGCAGACGACUUACAGGUAACAUUGCAAAAGGAAUUUGAUGCACACUUCCUACCACACCGGAUCAACGCUCAAGUUCAAGUUGAAUCAAUAUCAUGUUCGACGGACAAGGACGAAUAUCCAUACGAUAAUGGAUUUUAUUUGACCAGUUUACUAGUUGGAUUUAUAUUUUUGCUCUGCUGCUUAUCAACAGCGUACCAUAUGGCAAUAUUAAUACAGAGUAAAAACGAAAAAACAAGUAAAAUUCCGGAAAUAUUCAGCAUAUUUUCGUUUAUUCGCAACUUCAGAGAUUUGAUCAAAUACAACAGAAACAACGAUCUGAACGUAUUCAAUGGGCUGAAGGUUUUGACCAUGAUUUUGGUUUUGUUCGGUCAUAAAUUUUUGUACUUUAUAAUAAAUCCGAUCACGUACGCGAUAGAUCUUGAAAAGGUGUAUAAGGAAGGACCGGAUUUCUUAUUGACGUGCAUGAAUUUGAUCGAUCCGUUUUUUUACAUUGCUGGUUUUUUACUAUACGUCAUGCUGAUUCCACAAUUCAAUAAGCCCGGCACUAAUUGGUACCAAAUAGUUAUGGUGAUCGUUUACAAAUAUCUGAAGGUUCUACCAUCGUACCUGAUCGUAAUGCUGAUGACAACUUUCAUCAUACCUCAUAUGGGAAACGGGCCGUUUUGGGCUCCAAGAAUAUGGCCCGAAGCAGAAAAAUGUAAAAACUAUUGGUGGGCUAAUCUAUUGGCAAUCAGCAAUUUCAUACCAGUCGAAAAUCAAUGUCUCAUUGCCGGCUGGUAUGUAUCGUGUCUACUACAGUUUCUCGUCAUCGGCACUAUUCUAGUUUACGUAUACGUCAAAAACCGAAAAAUUGGAACAUUUUUAUUUGUUAUGCUUUUAUGUAUAUCUUUGGCGACUUCGUUUGUUAUAACCUACACCAACCGUGUAUACGGAAUAAUUCGAGUAAUGGUAUCGUUUUUGAAGAAUCCAAGCAAUUCAACGGAGUUCAGUAAUUUCUACAGACAGUUUUACUAUCGGGGUACGCCUUUCUAUGCCGGAUUACUUGCCGGCGUCGUAGUGGAUGAACUGAAGAAACGAGAAAUAAAAUUUUCCACGUCAGUCGUCUACGUUGGGACUCUGAUAGUCAGCGCCGUUUGCGUUUGGGUCCAGCUGUAUGGCGCAGUCUUUCACGAUGUGGAUAGACCCUACAAUGUUUUAGAACAAUCGGUGUAUGCAGUUUUAAGCCACUGCACGUGGACCGUCAUAUUGUUCUGGAUAACGGUGUGUCAUUUCACCACUGGUUACGGUCCAAUAGAAAAACUGUUCAACAAUAGAUUAACAGUGCCCCUGGGCAGAUUAUCCUAUACAGUUUAUCUUGUCAACAUCACCGUCAUGAUGAUGAUAGAAAGUAAACAAAAGACGGGUGUAAUCCCUUCAUCAUAUUUCUUGAUUGAUGGGUGGAUUGUUGGAGCGAUGAGGACAUACAUGGUGGGUACUUUACUAUAUUUGAUCAUUGAUGCACCGUCGGGGCAUUUGAUCAAAAAAUUAUUAUUUAUAAAGAAAAACGAAAAAAAAAAUUGCAUUGAUAGUGCGAUGACGCCAAAUCAGACGGAAGCCAACAACGUGGCUACAGAUUUGGAACAAAAAAAUUCCUCACGACUGUAAACGUGUAUUUAUUUUCAAAUUUUGUGUAUGUAUGUGUAAUAUAUUUGUAUAAUAAAUAAUAUUAUACACAUGUGUCUCAAUACGGAUGUCUCCCCUUGAAAACUUUUAUUUGAUGACUAAUAUUUUUUGUGUAGGUGCGUGUGUUUAUGAUCUCGAAAAAUCUAUAUCAAACGUAUUACCAAGUAUGAGUCAUAAUAUACUCGUAACAUGUCUUAUUACAUAUUCAGUUUGCUAAAACUUGACACAAAUUCAAAUUUUGUUUUCACAUCUGAUUUAGUAACAAUAAUAUUUUACUUUAAAGUAAAAUAAGAUAAU